GCCCUCACUGUUAUUGCAUGGACUCUUGCUCAGUAGCAUGGGAGAAGAGGAAGGACUGCCCCAAACACAGCUGCUGGACACAAUGUUUGUGCGAGGACUGAAGAGAAAAUGUUUUGAUGGUGAGGAAGACAUUGAAGGGACUCUGGCUGGUAUUAAGGCUAUUCCUUCCUAUAAUCUCCAGCGUCAGUCACUUUUAGACAUGUCCUUGGUUAAACUCCAGCUAUGUCACAUGUUGGUUGAGCCCAACCUUUGUCGCUCAGUGCUCAUAGCCAACACGGUGCGUCAGAUCCAAGAGGAAAUGACUCAAGAUGGGAUUUGGCAGAUGAUAAACAGCCAGAGCUCAGGGCAGGCAUCCCUGGAUCGCCUGGUCUCAACAGAUAUCCUCUGCCGCUCCUCCAGGGAACAGGCUGAGGGAAAGCAUCUUCCAGGCUGUGGGACUUUCAGUAAGGACUUUGAGGGUGACCAGGCACAAGGUAGUUCAGAAACUAUGUCAACAACCUCUUCAGUGCAAGCUCCGAGAAACCUGCAGGGCAACGUGUGGGACAUGGAGAGUCCACAGGAAAACAAAGGGAACUUUCAGAAGUCUUUAGAUCAAAUCUUUGAGACACUGGAGAAUAAGAGUCCCAGCUCAGUGGAAGAUCUGUUCUCAGAAGUUGACAAUUCCUACUAUGAUCUCGACACUAUGUUGACAGGCAUGAUGAGCAGCACAAAAAUGGGACACUGUGAUGGGCUUGAGACAUUCUCCUCUCCAGCAAAUGCAGCUCCUAACUCAAAUUGUAAAUCUGACCUUAAUGAGCUUGAUCAUAUUGUGGAGAUCUUUGUCGAGUCCUGAAACUCCUUCUAUGGGAGCUAAA